AAACUAAUCACCAAACGUUUUUCCUUCAGUUUUCCACUGUUUUCAGACAGUAUUUCCACCUUUUCCUCCAGGUUUUCCAUAGUUUUCACAGUGUUCCCCCUUCGUUGUUUUCCUAGUUAGAUACCAACACAAAAAUCAAACAUCAGAACUUUGGUUGCAAGGAGUCAGGGAUUUUGUGAGUUCAGUACGUUAGUCUGUAGCUGUAAGGACAAUUUGUUUUCUCAGUUUUUGAUUUGAGCUUGUUUGUGAUAGUACAGUUUGUUAUACAAUCGUAUGAUAUUCUUUUAAGCUUUAAUAGGAUCUUCCAUAGUUAGCAACAGAUUUACAAAGUGUUGAUUUGUAAUUGAAACUCCAUUAUAACAAGCAGGACUUAUUUCCGGUGACAAACUAUUUCCAAUCAAAAUUUGAAUCAAUUCAUGAUUAUUAUUUUAGAAUUUUUCACUAUAAAACACAGUGCAGGUGAAUACAACCAUUAAAAAGGUAGGCAGGAUAACUCAUUAUUAGGAACGUUCUACAACAUUUUCAAUGUGAAAAUAUACGCGUUGCAGUGAAUAUAUUUUAUCAUUACCCCACAUGAAUACUGUGGUCUAUUCUUCGAGGCAGAGAAUAUUAUUUCAGCUUGCAGUGACGGUUUUGCAUCAAGACAGUGUUGAAUUUUCCUUAUCAUUUUACAACAUGAGCCAUUAGAUUCCGUAUGAACAUCAUAAUAUAGUUAUAGUCUGCUAGUUGCAAAAAUAAUUUUGUUAAACACAGUCGAUUUAAAUAAGAAAGAAAGUGUUAUUUAUUGCUGAAAAUAUACAAAAAUUCAAUAAAAGUAUUUGUGAUGUGGAAAUGCAGAAAAAUGCAGAUCCAUCUUUAAAAAAAGCAGUAAGAUCAAUAUCGGCAAUGAAAUGGAGAGACCAGAAAUCCCCAUGGCAGAAACCUGAUCGAGUUAUGUAUGCCAGAAACCAACAGCGGGCUCUCACCAAGACAGCGGUCGCGGGAGGCACUCCUAUCACCGAGGAACUGGCAUGCGAGCUGCGACAGGUAGUGUUCGGAACAGCUGUGGCUCCACCACGCGGCGAAUGGCUGCGAACGUCCGUUCUGUUCAACGCACCCGAGAAGGAGACGGCGUUCGGCUUGAAGACGCCGAAAAACGGCACCAGGGGUCUCGUCGCCGUUCUACAGGCCUUUGUCAUUAAGCACCUCCUUUUCGAGAAGAAGGACUGCACUGAUCCACCCGAGGAACUGCUGAAACCAAACCGAAUGAGGCAGCUGGACGCGAUCACGAUGGCAAUGGCGGAGAUCCUGUGGAAAAUCGCUGAGCAGACAACUGUGAGUCAGAACAAGACUGAGGUGAGCGAGAAGCCCAUUGUCUCCAUGGUGCUGCCCCAGGAGAACACCUACAUCCAGCACUCUAUCAACUACUUCCAGGAUGGACUCACUGAGAGGCUCCAUGUGUUCGAAUUCACAGAAUAUGACGAGCUGCAAAUAUUCAUAAAACGAUAUCUUUACUUGUUCCUGGAUGAAUCAUGUCCUGGAUGUCUCCUAUUUCUGUACAGCGCCGUAGCAACAAGAGGAACAGCUAGAGUGGAACGUGAUUUGGACGGCAUCAAAGGCUAUAUGGUGACAGCGGCAGAAGAAGGAUCCGAAUGUAUCAUCACACUUCUGCUGUGUGGACGCGCCACCCCAUAUCUACACAAUGGAGUCGUCUAUGUUGGUGACGAGGAACAUUAUGCUGUGCCACAGUGGGGCAUGCUAUCCAGGAACGAGAUUGGAUUCCUGUACUUUGAGGAGAAACUGGACGACCAGUCCAAGGUGCCCGGGUCCCGCCUCAAGACACCCGCCCUUCCCAUCUGGGUCAUCUUCUGCAAUGGCCACUACGCCGUCGUCUUCAACACCAACCGCGAGUUGCUGAGAAACUACCAUGCCGAAAGAAGGUUUGAUUUGGUGUACUACUCACCAGGGGGCAGCACCUGUACGCUGACAGUGGAUACCAGUCAGGAUGACGACGGAAAGCUAGAGUUGAACGAAGAGGACACCUCUAGCACCUCGGCUAACAAUGUGGAGAAACUCAUACACACCAAAUGGCAAGAUGCACAAAUCACUUGGCAUGGACAGAUCGCUUUCACCUGAAUCUUUCUCUAAAGUAAUUCAUCUGCUGGUUGGAUGAAUAAUUACACUUGAAAAAGAUAUAGUAACUUUAGUAAAAUUAUUGUGAAAAGUAAAGCAUAUAUUAUAUUUGUACGUUUAUUUUUCGCGUGAAAUUGUUUACUUUUGUAUUGAUGCUGUGCAUUCCUGUUAUAUUAUACAAAAAAUAUUGGUGUAUUAAAGUUUUAAUGUUUUAAAA